AUGUCCAGUAAAGUAAACUGCAUAUAUAUCUAUACACAUAUCGAUCUAUAUAUAUAUAUAUAUAUAUAUAUAUAUAUUAGUAUUUAUAUUUAUAUUUAUCCAUGUGUAUGUAUAUGUAUGUGUAUGAUGCAUUCAAGGAUUCCAAAUGUGGGGAAUAAAAGACUAAAAUAUAGUACAGCUACAAAUGAUACAUCUAAUAUAAAUAACCGUCGUACUAGUCCCAUCAAUAACGAUAGAACCACAAUAUCGGAUAAUAAUUGUUCUGCUAUGUUAACAGAUGUCACAAAUAAAAAAAAAUAUUCGUAUCCUACUUCAUAUCAUCGACGUUUUACUAGUAACAAUAAUAAUGCUUCAAGCACCGCCACUAUUUCUACUUCUACUUCCACUACAAAUACAAAUAUAAAUACAAAUACAAAUACAAAUACAAAUACAGUGUAUACAUCCCUAUCUUCCAAGAGACCUUCGUAUAAGAAUAAGUUAACGUUUGGUGACGCGACUUCAAUCGAAUUGGUUAAAAAUAGACAGAGAAAAAUCCUGAAUGACAUCAAUAGACUGAACUAUGCAAUCUCAGAAAUCAAUAAAACUAUAUCUCAACUGCAAAACAUCGAGCUGAUCCAACUAUCAAAAGACACAACAGAAAUGAACGAUGAAAUUCACUCAAUCUCAAGAGACAUCAACUUAUGCGAUGACGAGAUACAAUCCAUUGACGAUGAAAUAAUCAAAUUGGAACAGAAGGACAAGAUGUUCAUCACAAAUGAGACGUUACGACAUAAGAUCGAGUGCCAGGACCUAUUUAACGUGUUGGAUUUAAGGCUCAUUGAUAAGAAAACCUCUUUAAAGACCGAAAUGGAGCAGAUCCUGGACGAUUUUAAACCUUCUACUGAUCUAGUAAAUGAUAUUAAGCGCUAUAAUGAACAAAUAAAUCUGUAUAGAUGUGAGUUAAAUAAAUUGAAAGUAGAGAAUGGAAACAAAUUACGUUCAAAGGAAAAGGAUGAAUUAGUACCGAAUUUAGAAAAGUUCAAGUCUGAAAGGGACACUAAGCUUAAUAAUCUUUUGACACAGAAUGUUAAAUUAAAGUCAACUUUAGAUGAGAUAGCUUUGGAGAGAGAAAAAUUUCAAAAGGAUAUAGACGAUCUUAAUUUGGAGAUCGCGGGUCAUAAAGAUCGAAUUGAUACAUUGGAGAAAGAGAUAUCCCAAUUGACUAUUAACACAACACCACCAUUAAUAAUCCGAUCACAAGAGCUUAAAAAUCAGUUGGAUAAUUCCAAUUCAGAGAUAGAUGAAAUACAGAUAAAAUAUAGAAUAAUAAAGGAUCAAUACACUUUACAACUGAACAAAUUAACACACGAGAAAAAAAGGAAUAAAGCCCUAAGUGAUGCAAUCUCUAAGACCUAA